CUAUGGGAUUUUUUACUGUGAUUAGUGCUUGUCACGUCUACAAACCUCACCGGAGAGCACCGACUUGAAUUUUCAACGCUUCACGUGUGUUCGACUCCGGAGAGAGCAGAUUAGGGCUCCCGGGUCUCUUGUCACCACCAAUAUGGUUUUGGUCGUCGCUGUGCCGGAUUCGUAUGUAGGCUUAGGCGCUAGCGACUCUGGCGAGCCUGGGCCAGCUGAACAGGCUCCAGCAUGUUCAGAUCCACCACUUGAAAUGAUCAAACACCCGCUACAGCAUCGGUGGAGCUUGUGGUUCUACAAAAAUGACAAGAAUCGUAGCUGGGAGGAGAACCUCCUAGAGAUCACCUCAUUCGACACUGUUGAGGACUUCUGGGCCCUCUAUAACCACAUUGAGGUGGCCAGUAAGCUUCCUCUGGGAUGUGACUAUUCACUUUUCAAGUAUGGCAUCAAGCCCAUGUGGGAAGACUGCCGCAACAAGCAAGGAGGUCGUUGGCUCUUCAACUUGAACAAAAGCCAGAGGACAACAGACUUGGAUAACUACUGGCUUGAAAUUUUGCUGUGCCUGAUAGGAGAGGGCUUUGAGGAGUUCAGUGACGAUGUUAAUGGCGCUGUGGUCCAAAUUCGUCCCAAACUUGACAAGAUCGCUGUCUGGACUGCUGAUGUUCGCCGAGCUGAUGGCAACAUUAAGAUUGGGAAGACAUUGAAGGAGAGGUUAAACAUGCACCCCCGAAACAUUGUUCCAUACCAGGCCCAUGCUGACACUCAGUCAAAACAAGGUUCCACGGCUAGGGCUAGAUAUCAAGUGUAAGAGUAAUUUAGGAAUACCAAGGAAUGAGGAACUGACGUAAAACGAGGGAAAUGUCAUCCACGAAACUCCAAUGAACUUGCAGAUGUGCUGUGUUAAAAAAGUGAAACGAAGUGAAAUUCUAUGCAACUUGGCUGCAACAACAUCAAGCAACAAGAGGAGAAAUGCAAAAAAAAGAUAGCAAGAGUAUUUUACUGUGAAGCAGAAGGACUUGCAAGUUUGGAGUGGUUAAUGUCUUUUUUUUUUUUUCUUGCGAAAGUUAACAAGUAACUUGUGCUGUUUCCUUCAUGUGUUGUCUCAGUAUCUGUGGGGUUGACCACUCCAUGACUUUAGAAAUUCACAUAGUUCACUCAAUUGUGUUCAAAUUGAAUUUGUCCAUGAAUCGGAAAGAUUACAUGCUCCAAGAAUUUCAGUUGCACGUAGUGCUAUAAGUGGAGAGUUCCUGUGUGCUCAUAAAAGGCAACCAUGUGAAGGCAGCGGGUGCAUGCCUUGACGCAAGUGCUGCAGUUGUUUGCAGCAGAUUCAUUUUUUAUUCAGUUGUUGCAAUUGUGCAGCAAUUUGUGCCAUUUUGGUACAUUUGUAUGUUGUUUUUUAUAGUUAUAUAAGGAUGUCUUUUUUUUUCUUAUUUAAUAAAAUAUCUUGUAUAUUGUA